UCUGUGAAAUUAUUUUUGUAGAAUGCAAGAUGUUGAACUUAUGCACAUGCGAUAUGCUCUGGAAUCUGUUGUGCUUGCACUUGGAGCUAUGGAAAGGAGUACAAUUGAUGAAACAGAAAGCUACCACCAAAAAGCUAUAUACUAUUUGAAAGACAUGAGGAACCAUAUGGAGGCCAUUAAUAAUAUCCCACGCAAGAUAUUGAUGGUGACCAUUAUUGUCUCACUUUUGCAUAUGGAUGAUAUCUCUCUCAAUUUGACAAAUUGUGCCUCACCUGGGAGCUAUUCUGAAUUGGACAUUAAGUCUGCUUGGGAACGUACUGAUCUUUCUACUUAUGAAGGGGGUAACAAAAUGGUCACAUCUUUCAUAGAGUUGCUACUUGAUGUAUUACAUAAUAAUUUACCAUCUGCUGCGUUGGAACAAGAUCAUGCAUUGGCUGGUGGUGUCACUACUGGUGGAAGACAGGCCUUAGAAUGGAAACUCUCAAGUGCUAGACAUUUCAUUGAUGAUUGGGAAUGGCGCUUGUCAAUUUUGCAAAGUCUUUUACCUUUAUCUGAACGCCAGUGGAGAUGGAAGGAAGCAUUAACUGUGUUGCGUGCAGCUCCAUCUGAGCUACUUAACCUGUGAGUUUGAUGGCUUCUUUUUUUUUUUUCUGUC